AUGACCACGUAUGAUGGUCCGAGGUUGUCGAAGAUGAAGUGGAAGAAACCGAAGAAAGAAGGGUCGGUGGGAGAGGAUGGCGAAGCUGCUAAGCCGAAGAAAAAGAUGGCGAAGAGGCAAGAGCGUAAAGUCACUACAACGCCGCAGCAGGACUUGAUCUCCUCUCAAGUGGUCGCCCUGCAGAGACUGACACAGGCUGGGCCGAAACGGAUCGGCCCGUACUCGAGGAACCACAAGAUCCUUCUGGUCGGAGAAGGGGAUUUCAGUUUUUCCUUGGCCCUGGCUUCAAACCUCGGCGGCGAAAACCUUGUUUGCACCUCCCUUGACAAGCUGACGCAGCUCCAGGUCAAGUACGAGGGCAAAGUGAACGGGGCCCUUGGAACCCUACAGAGCUUGCGGGCAGAGAUUCAUCACAACGUCGAUGCCACUGUCAGCACUUGCUCUCACCUGACUACCCGCAUUGACAAGAGGCUGCAGACGCUGAGUGAUUAUGAGUUCACACACUUGCCCGACGGCUCCCUGCGCAAGUUUGAUAGGAUCGUCUUCAAUUUCCCGUGUGUCGGGUUGUUGGAGGAGCAGCAGAAGCAGGCAAUGGAGGAGAACAUGCAGAAGAAACUGCAAAGAAGAGGAAUUCGGAAAAAGGAAGAACCGGAGAAAAAGAAGCCAGAUGGAAAGCACGAUAUCAAGAAAAGCCAAGAGAUGGCGAAGGAGAAACGGGAUAUCAAGGACCGGAAGCUGCACUCAGACAAGCAAUUGAUCGAGGGCUUUCUCAAGAGCGCAUGCGAAUUGCUCGAGGACGAGAGCAGCGAGAUCCAUAUGAGGAUCCGCGACGCUACGCUCAGUGUGGUGGACGUGGAUGACCUCGUAGGCGAAGCUGCGGUCCACUGUGUAGACCAGCAUGAUUUCCAUCCAGCGCAGUUUUCAGGGUACAAGCCCCAGCAGACUCAUCCGAAUGGGAAGGGACUGCAGCCGCUCACUCCAGCAACGACUCUGAUGUACCUGCCUUUCUUCCUUUUGAACUCUCUGACAUGCAGACAAAAGAUUCCGAAGAAAAUCCUCCGAAGACGAGGAUCACCAUGA